AUGGUGCAUGACUUAUUGAUAGAAGAUGUCGCCGAGGAUGAUGAUGAAGGCAGUGAAGCAUUCGCCUUGAUAGCUAUCACCAUGGUGAUAGCCACCACUGCUUUCAAUUCCAUCACUAUCAAAUACGAUCACCAAGAUUAUCACCCAAACCCUAAUGAAGAAGAAGAGAACAUUUCUCUAUUACUUCCUUCUAAGAGGGUUAGCCGGUUCCUAGCUGAGAGUGACUACAACCACCAUGGAAGAGGCUUAAAGCCCGCGGAUCAUUGCCACAAGGACUACGAGGUUUGUGACAUCAAGUAUGGGAAGAACUUCACAUGUUGUGGAAACAAGUGUUUUGAUCUAACCAUUGAUCAGAAGAAUUGUGGAGGUUGCCAUAGCAAGUGCAAGUUUACUAAUGAAUGUUGUGAUGGAAAGUGCGUAGACAAAACCUAUGAUAAGAGACAUUGUGGCAAAUGUAACCACAAGUGUUUGGAUGGACAAUUAUGUGUUUAUGGAUUGUGUGACUAUGCUUGAUUUAAUACUUGCUCUUAGGAAAUUGUAUACCAUAUUUUGGAUUUGAUUUGGAUGGAAAAUUCUACGUAUAUCAUUUGAGCUAGUAUGUAUAAGCAUUAUGU